CCAGAGGCAGCCCCCAUGGCGCAAGAGCUGGAGGUGGCCUUCAUAGACCUCCAGAGCUCCUGGAACAAUGUGCAACACCACACAGAGGAAAUCAGCUCUGAGCGCCUCCUCGUUCGCCGGGGCCAGGCCUUCAACAUCACUCUGUACUUCAGGAACCGGGGCUUCCAGCCAGGCCUGGACAACAUCAUCUUCGUGGUUGAGACUGGACCGCUGCCAGACCUGGCCAAGGGGACUCGGGCUAUAUUCAGCCUGGCAGGUCGUCGUGAGUCCAGCCCCUGGAUAGCCUCGCUGGAAACCAACGGGGCCACCUCCCUGGAGGUGAGCCUGUGCGCCCCUCCCUCAGCGGCCAUAGGUCGAUAUCUCUUGAAGGUUCACAUUGACUCCCUCCAGGGGUCUGUCGUGGCCUACCACCUCGGGGAGUUCAUCCUGCUCUUCAAUCCCUGGUGCCCAGGGGACGCUGUCUACUUGGACAGUGAGCCCCAGAGGCAGGAGUAUGUCGUGAAUGAUUACGGCUUCAUCUACCAAGGGAACAAGAACUGGAUCCGCCCGUGCCCCUGGAAUUACGGACAGUUUGAAGAGAAUAUCAUAGACAUCUGCCUGGAGCUGCUAGACAAGAGCCUGCACUUCCAGAUUGACCCAGCCACAGACUGUGCUCUGCGAGGAAGCCCUGUCUACAUCAGCAGAGUGGUGUGCGCCAUGAUCAACAGCAACGAUGACAAUGGGGUGCUCAAUGGAAAUUGGAGUGAGAAUUACUUGGAUGGCAUCAACCCUGCGGAAUGGACUGGCAGCGUGGCCAUCCUGAAACAGUGGCACGCCACAGGCUGUCAGCCAGUGCGCUACGGGCAGUGCUGGGUCUUUGCCGCUGUCAUGUGCACAGUGAUGAGGUGCCUGGGGAUCCCGACCCGCGUGAUCACCAACUUUGACUCUGGCCACGACACAGAUGGAAACCUGAUCAUAGAUGAGUAUUAUGACAACACAGGCAGGAUUUUGGAGAAUAAGAGGAAGGACACUGUCUGGAAUUUCCAUGUCUGGAAUGAGUGCUGGAUGGCCCGAAAAGACGUCCCUCCCGGAUACGGAGGCUGGCAGGUGCUGGAUGCCACACCUCAGGAGACAAGCAAUGGCCUUUACUGCUGCGGCCCCGCCUCGGUCAGAGCCAUCAAAGAGGGAGAGGUGGAUCUGAACUACGACACAGCCUUUGCCUUUUCCAUGGUGAAUGCUGACUGCAUGUCCUGGCUUGUCUAUGGAGGGAUGGAGCAGAAACUUCACCAGGACACAAAUUCUGUUGGCAAUUUUAUCAGCACCAAGAGCAUCCAGAGUGAUGAGCGGGAUGACAUCACUGAGAACUACAAGUACAGAGAAGGCUCCCUCCAGGAGAGGGAGGUAUUUCUGAAGGCUCUUCAGAAGCUGAAGGCUGGAAGGUCCCAAGACUCCCACCGAGCAGCUUCACAACUUUCUAGGCCCAUGUCACUGAGUGAGGACGGCCCUCGGAGCCUGGAUACACCUUCCCUUCGGCCCAGUGAUGUUGUCCAGGUCUCCCUCAAAUUCCAGCUGCUCGACCCACCCAACAUGGGCCAGGACAUAAGGUUUGUCCUGCUGACCCUCAACAUGUCACCCCAGUCCAAGGACCUCAAAGUGAACCUGAGUGCCCAGUCUCUGCUGCACGAUGGCAGCCCCCUGCCCCCGUUCUGGCAGGACACAGCCUUCAUCACACUCUCUCCUGAAGAAGCAAAGACCUAUCCCUGCAAAAUUCCCUAUUCCCAGUACAGCCAGUACCUGUCAACGGACAAGCUGAUCCGCAUCAGUGCCCUGGGUGAAGAGAAGAGCAGCCCCGAGAAGAUCCUGGUGAACAAGAUCAUCACCUUAGCCUAUCCAGGCAUCAUGAUUGAUGUUCUGGGAGCAGCUGUUGUGAACCAGCCACUCUCCGUACAGGUGAUAUUUUCAAAUCCCCUCUUGGAGGAGGUUACAGACUGUGUGCUGACUGUGGAAGGAAGUGGUCUUUUCAAGAAACAGCAGAGAGUCCUCAUUGGAGUCCUCAAACCCCAACACAGAGCCAGCAUCACUCUGGAGACUGUCCCCUUCAAGAGCGGCCAAAGGCAGAUCCAAGCUAAUCUGAGGAGCAACAAGUUUAAGGACAUCAAGGGUUACAGGAACAUCUAUGUAGACUUUAGGUUAUAAAUUCUGGGACAAGAAGCUGGGUGCAUAGAUUUUAAGCUUCAGGAAAACGAGCAAGUUCAAAUGCAAGCCAUACCAUUCCGCACCACAACAGAGGCUUUGCAGGGCUCCGACGUGAGCAGAAGAGGAGAUGCCAGCGAUGGAUAGUCUCCUGGACCAUUUGCACAACUCCCCAGGACUCUGUUCAGGGCCCAGGGAUUCCAUGGUGUCCCAUCCAGAAGUGUGAGAUGACACAGAGGUCCGAGGACCCUGGUUGGACUUGGCCAUGACUUACUGCUCCCAGAUGUCAAAAAAAGAAGAUUGGCUGAGCAGCUCACUGUCAUUUUGUCAUUGCAAUGGCUAAUUCCCUAGUAGCAAUAAACUUCAGUUCUCGUCCUCA